AUGGCACCCCCGAAGUCCCAAAGGGCAUCAGAUUUCUUCCGGCAGGGUAAGGGAGGGAAGCAGCGCAUGGAGCAAGAUGGCGGCGGCUCCCGCUCACCCACUCACACCUCAGAUGCAGGAUCAGACUCAGAUAUGAGGCAAGCAACCGCUGAAGAUCUGUCUGUGUCGGAAAAGCGCCUGGCGGCAAUGCUGCAGGACCUGCGCACUUCUAUGAAGACUGACUUCCAAGCUGCGGUCUCUGAAAUGCGCAAAGACAUCCAUGAAGUGGGGACACGCGUUAAUGCACUAGAAGAAAAGACUGACGAGCUCUGCCACAUGAAUGACACCAUG